ACGGAAACUUUCUCCAAAGUGUUAGAGAUAUAAGAACGGCGUUUUCUUCUAAAACACGCGGGGACCGUCCUAUUUCAGCGUGCCUAUUAUCCAGCGCGUCUCGUCCUAACAGGAGCGUGAUUGGAUGCUUGGUGGUUACUUAGGUAGGAUGCGCGUGGGUGCCGUGCACUAACGGGAACACUGGACGGACGGAUAGGUGAGAGAGAAUGAAGUUUGAAGUACGGAUGGAGGGACUGGCACUCCUACAGCGCCGGAGAAUCAUUAAGACUGUGAGGCUUCUGUUUAUUUGCCUCACCGUGCUCAUCCUAACAUCAGAGGUUAACGCGGGCGGCAAGAAGUCCAGCGGGCCAUGCGGGGGUCGAGACUGCAGCGGCGGGUGUCAGUGUUACCCUGAGAAGGGGGCCAGGGGUCAGCCAGGUCCUCUUGGGCCCCAGGGCCACAGAGGGCCCCCAGGACGCCCAGGCGAACACGGCCUGCAAGGCCACAUAGGACAGAAGGGAGACGCAGGCACGCCAGGGAACACAGGGCCUAAAGGAUCUGUGGGAAUGACAGGAGUUCCAGGGUUUUCAGGAACAGACGGCAUUCCAGGACACCCGGGACAGCCAGGCUCUCGGGGAAAACCAGGUGCUGACGGCUGUAACGGAACCCAUGGAGAUCCUGGAACGCCGGGCCGCUACGGACACGACGGCAGACACGGAGUGGAGGGUGAACCAGGCAGGAAGGGUGAGAAGGGAGACAACCUGGACAUUUCUGUCUACAUGGAGAGAUUUCGGGGAGAUCCAGGACAUCCAGGAUUUCCAGGAGACCCUGGCCCUCCUGGACAGCCAGGUUAUCCAGGAAGGAUUGGACUUCAUGGUCCUAAAGGAUCAAAGGGACUUCCUGGACCCCAAGGACCAAAGGGCAGUCCCCCUCUGGUCUUGAAAGGAGAAAAAGGACAAACUGGGGAGAGUGGAGAACCAGGGCCACCAGGAAACUCUACUGAGCAAUACCAAGGACCGCCUAAACCGGGUCAGAAGGGUCAGAAGGGCGUGAAGGGUGAAGCAGGAGUACAGGGGUAUCUGUCCACCAAAGCAGAGGCAGGACUUCCAGGCUUUACAGGGGAACGGGGAAGCCCUGGACGAGACGGGAGAACAGGACCUAAGGGAGAUGCGGGUUUGCCGGGUGUCCCAGCACCGCCGAGCCGUAAGGGGGAGCCGGGAGAGCCGGGAGAUCUGAUCGAUACGCCGCCGGGCUGGACUGGAGCAGGUCCUCCAGGCCCUAUAGGGGAACGUGGACUACCAGGGAGUUCUGGCCCCCUGGGGCCUAAAGGACCCCCAGGUCCCCCGGGGCCCAGUGCUAAGGAACAGCAAUCAGAUUGGUUCGGACCUAAAGGAUCUGAUGGACUGAAGGGUCAUAAGGGAGAAGUUGGGGAGCCUGGAAUUCCAGCCAUACAUCCUGGGCCUCCUGGCUUCGAUGGGCAACAAGGAAUAAUUGGACCUCCUGGACCCAAGGGAACAUGUGAUGAGCUCUGUGAAGGCCCUAAAGGAACACGCGGUCGACCGGGAAGCGCAGGUGCAAAAGGUCAGAAAGGCGAGCACGGUCUGUGUGAAUGCAGAGAGGUCCACUCCCCACCGGGACCCCCUGGUGAAGCAGGGCUUCCCGGGCAGCCCGGCAUGGCGGGCGAGUGGGGUCAGCAAGGUGACCAGGGCGACCCAGGACACUCGGGCGUCACCGGGCUGCCGGGUUUUCCAGGACCUGUGGGGAAGCCUGGAGAUAAGGGUGCCAAAGGAGAAGGAAAGGAAGUUACAGAGAAAGGUACAUCAGGGGUUCCAGGAGAUCCAGGUUUUCGUGGGGGACAGGGCGACCAAGGCGGACCUGGGCUAAGCGGGGAAAACGGGAUUCCUGGAGUUUCUGGGCUACCCGGUGUGGGACCAGUUGGUGAGCCUGGGCAGAGGGGCUUCCCAGGCAGACGCGGCUUGCCAGGGUUGGUCGGACAGCGUGGAGAACCUGGCCGUGUGAUCGCAGCGCUCAAAGGUGUAAAGGGCCUUCCUGGCGAUCCAGGCAUAAGCGGUUAUGACGGAAAUCCAGGCCUGCCGGGAAUCCCAGGGGACUGUAACCCAAGAGAGGACGGAGACGAUUGGCGUGGAGAAGGGGACUGUGAGGUAGUCCCUGGACCACCAGGAGAGAGGGGCCACCCUGGAUCUGCUGGACUGGAAGGACUCCCAGGAGUUCCUGGUCCUAAGGGGGUCACAGGAUCACACGGAGGGUUGGGGCUUAAAGGAGAGCAAGGAGACGUGGGUAGAGCAGGGUCACCAGGAGUAACAGGUUUUCCUGGACCUCGUGGCGACCUGGGCAGUCCUGGCAUUAAAGGCUCCACGGGGGCUCAUGGAGAUCCAGGCUUGCCAGGGGUGCACGGGGAGCCGGGUCUUAAGGGUGCCAAUGGCGAUGCCCUUGGAGCGUCUCCUGGACCUCAAGGAGACCCAGGUUUGCCAGGUGCCCAAGGGUUAAAAGGUCUGUCUGGAGAGCCUGGACCGUUCGGCUACCCAGGUGUGAGGGGGAUGCCUGGGCUGAUCGGGAGCAAAGGUGAAGUAGGACCUCCGGGCUUACAAGGAGAAACAGGAAGACCCGGACCUCCAGGAACAUUGGGCUACCCUGGGGUGCCUGGUCAUGAAGGACCCCUUGGACCCCCAGGAGAACCUGGGCUUCCAGGUCCUAAGGGAAGAACAGGUGAUCCGGGGAAUCUUGGUCUCCCAGGGCCCAUGGGCCUGAAGGGUGAGAGGGGAGGUCCUGGAAGCGAUGCUGGCCCAGGAGACCUUGGACCCCGGGGAGAUCCAGGAAAACCUGGACAUAUCGGGAGAACUGGUCUUACUGGACUUAAAGGACUCCGAGGCUCUCAGGGCAUGACUGGCUUCCCAGGAAUGUUAGGACACCGCGGUGUAGAGGGCCUUCCAGGGCAGAAAGGGCAGCAAGGUGUAGGAGGCCCAAAAGGAGAGAAAGGAGACCUGGGCACCCAAGGCCCAAAAGGUGACCGGGGGCUCAUGGGCCCUGCAGGUGUGAUUCCCAUGGAUGAAGUGAAAUAUAUGAUGACGGUCAUGAAAGGAGCAAAGGGUAACCAUGGAAACGAAGGACAUCCAGGAUUCCCUGGGGAACGAGGUUUGAAAGGUUACCCAGGGACUCCAGGACAAGAAGGGUUCCAUGGUCUACCAGGAGCUCCAAGCUAUGAAAAGGGUCAAAGAGGACUUCCUGGCGCUGAGGGAUCUCUUGGGCACAAGGGAAUGCCAGGCCCUACAGGACCUCCAGGAAUUUCUGGCUUUCCGGGAAUGGCUGGAACCACGGGAGAAAAGGGAUCACCUGGUUCUUAUGGAGCAACAGGAGGUACCGGAUUUAAGGGAAUCAAAGGUGACUAUGGGGACAUUAUAGACCUGCCUGGAGCCACAGGGCAUAGAGGAUCUCCUGGACUGCUUGGUCCUGCAGGUACUAAAGGUUUACAAGGUGAGCCUGGAGACAGAGGGCCUGAGGGUUUUGAUGGCAUCGAUGGAAUGAAAGGGUCUCAAGGUGAACCUGGACAAAAGGGGGCAGUAGGUCCAGAUGGACUACAGGGUCCCACAGGAGACCGGGGUCUUAAAGGUUGGUCUGGAGUGUCUGGAGAAGCCGGGUCCCAUGGUAAACAAGGAUAUCUCGGACAAAAAGGAUUUGUUGGGCUCCCAGGGAUUUUUGGACUGGAUGGUCUUAAAGGCCAAAAAGGCCUCCCGGGUGUUCCAGGUGCCGACACCUGGGGGUCACCAGGUGAACCCGGAGGAAAAGGUGAAAAAGGUGAGGAUGGUAUUCCCAGCACGGAAAUUGGUGUCCCAGGAUUUCAUGGUCAUAAGGGGUCAGCAGGAGAUAUAGGACAGGAGGGUGAACCAGGACCUCCAGGGCCUCCAGGGCCUCCAGGGGAAGAAGGGUUCCCAGGACUUCAGGGAGUACCUGGUGACCCAGGCCCACAUGGCCAGAAAGGUCUCCCAGGUUAUCCUGGAGCCACUGGCCUUCCAGGUUUUCCAUCUCAAUCUGGAGCCAAAGGAGAUCGAGGUAUUCCAGGGGAAACUGGUAUCAGAGGACCAAAUGGGUUGCAGGGAGACAUAGGAGAGAACGGUCCGGCUGGGCCUUCUGGGGUGUCGGCAAGAAAAGGUGCAAAAGGAGAGCAAGGAAUGAUGGGAUAUCCAGGAAGGGCUGGUUUCAAAGGUGAAAUAGGCAAUGUUGGAUCUAAAGGAGACACUGGACCACCAGGUUUCCCUGGUGCCCCUGGCGCUAAGGGACUCCCACCAGUUCCUCUGCAUAUGGAAGGGGAAAAAGGCCCCCCUGGUCCUUAUGGUAUUCAUGGACCACAAGGAGAGAAAGGGGUGGUGGGUCCAGUGGGUCACACUGGAGAUCCAGGGUACGUGGGACCCCAAGGAGACAAGGGUAUGCCAGGGCUUCCUGGAACACCAGGUACCCCAGGUUUCCAUGGAGAUGUUGGGCCAAUGGGUCACCCAGGAAUCCAAGGAUUAGAAGGUAGUCGUGGGCAUCCUGGCACUCCCGGUCACCCUGGUAUGCCUGGUCGUAGUGUCAGCGUUGGGUACCUGCUGGUGAAACACAGCCAGUCUGACCAGACCCCCAUGUGUCCUGUGGGAAUGUCAAAGCUGUGGGAUGGCUACAGUCUGCUGUACUUUGAAGGGCAAGAAAAGGCUCAUAACCAGGACCUGGGUCUUGCAGGGUCCUGUCUUCCUCGAUUCAACACCAUGCCAUUCCUAUACUGCAAUCCAGGUGACAUAUGCUACUAUGCUAGCCGCAAUGACAAAUCCUAUUGGCUCUCCACAACUGCCCCUAUUCCCAUGAUGCCUGUGGAGGAGGCAGAAAUCAAGCCAUACAUCAGCCGCUGUUCCGUGUGCGAGGCUCCGUCAGUGGCUAUAGCUGUGCACAGUCAGGAUAUAACAAUCCCACAGUGCCCUGCAGGUUGGAGAAGUCUUUGGAUUGGCUACUCAUUUCUCAUGCAUACGGCAGCUGGAGACGAGGGAGGCGGCCAGUCGCUGGUGUCUCCAGGCUCGUGUCUGGAGGAUUUCCGCACAACUCCCUUCGUUGAGUGUAAUGGGGCCAAGGGCACCUGUCACUACUUUGCCAAUAAGCACAGUUUCUGGCUGACGUCCAUUGACCAGUCCUUCCACACUCACCCUGAGGCGGAGACUCUCAAAGCUGGGCAACUCCUGUCACGCAUCAGCCGCUGCCAAGUUUGCAUGAAGAACCUGUGACCUGUCAACUAUAACCUUUGACAUGAGGGUGUGACCAUUUUGACAAUGUUAUUGUGCAGUUUGGUUAAUGAAAUGUCAGGUUUUAGCAGUAGAAAUUCAAAGACUUACAAUCGUGGUAUCUAGGAAGAAGGCAAGUCAGUCAAAGUUGUGAAUGAACUACUGCAAACUACAUAAAAUAUACACAGCAUAUAUUUACACUGCCCAGAAUGGUCAGUAGUGUCAGUCUUUCUUCCUAUAACCCCAUAACCACUAUGUGCCUAUGGACUGAAGACAUGUAAAUGUGUUGAAAAGACAGAUGUCACAGGGCAACGAAGGCACAGAUAUGGCUGGUGUUUCUAUUUACAUAUGUUACAUUUGAAAUGGUGCUUAUUUUCCUCCCCCUCUAACUUAUUACCUCAAUGAUCAACUCACUUCUGUGUAAUUGAUAUUACCGAGAACAUACAGCAGAACCAAAGAUGUGCGCGUUAAUGCACUGUUUCCCUUAGGUGUUGAUACGGGACACUUCAUGUGAUACUGCCCCACAGCACACAGCGUCUCAGUACGGCUUUACAACAGCAUGUUGAUCUACGGGAUUACCGUCACCCGUGUCCAGUAUGCUAUGCCUUGGCAUCACCCUUAUAACGAUGCAAUCAUUUAAGCAGCACGCCACAUAAAGUGUCACCUUACUCACCUUUCUUUCCUAUUUUACUAUCAGAACAAUAUCAUUUUCCCAGUUCCACUAACACUGUUUUCACUGUAUAUUUUGUUUCUUUUGUGGUAUUGUAAAGAACUUGAACUAUCUGCACCUAAACCACAGUAUGCUGCUCCAGUAUUAUGCCAUAAUUGUUCUGUGCAUUCUCUGAGCGCUAUGGACCGCUAUGAACAUGGUAAAACAUUUGUUUUUCUGAGUUUUGCCUUUCUAAACAGAAAAACAAUCAUUGAUCUUUUUUUUUUUAUAUUCACUCAGUUAUAGAGAUUGCACUGAUUCCAGUGGUGUAAUUUACAGCAUUAAAUCAUAGACAGUUCCACCGCUUAGCUUACUUAGUAACUGGGUAGGUGUGAAUGUUUUUCUUGUUCUGCAGAUAAAGGCCUGCAGCGUUGGCUCAAGUAAUCCAGGCAUUCCUUCAGAGACUGAAGGGAAAGAAGUCUGAAGAAUAGCUUUAAAAAUCAUCAACAGUGUAUGUGAAUUAGUGUGCUUGACCAGACCCGACUGGUCCUCAGUCAUUCGUACCAUGUACCGUGCCAACAUGCAUGUGCCUUACAACUUAAAACAAGAGAAAUGACAUUAAACAAAAAGGUCAGUUACGACCAGCUGUGACCAUAAAAAUACCUUUUUGAAAUUUUGCCAUUACCAAAUAAUACACCAUUACCCAUAACAUUUUAAUAAUGUAAUUAUGUGGAAAAUAAUCUUUUGAACCGUGGAAUGAUUGUUAUUGCUUUAAUUGACAAACAACAAAUUAAAGUGCUUCCGUUUCUUAA